UCUAGUUUCCGACAGAUGGCAGUACGUUCAAUUUUCAUGUGAACACCAGAAUUUUUGGUUAAGGUAUCCAUUGAAAUUUAUCAAAGUUAUUCUCAAAUGCCACUGUAACAACUAACAAUGACAACUCCUCUUCAAACGCAGCUGUUGAGCGCUUUAGGGAGUAAAACGAAGUAUCUUGCGGAAUUAAAGAAAACAUUCGCGCGUCCACUAAUACAGCUCGCAGUGAAAGCGAUAGAGUUGGAACAUAUAGAGGAAGGUGUAUUAGAACGGAUAAGUAAGAAAUACAGCAUACCCGAAGAACACGUGGACGAGUAUUAUGCAGCUGUUCUUACAAUUUUGAAAAUACAUCUACGUUCGCAGUGCCAUAAUAUCAAACCUGCAGAGUUUAAACAAUACUUGGAAGAACUGAAACUGAAUUCGGAAUGUGCGGAAGAUUUAUCCUCCGUGAUUUAUGGUCCGAAACAAACAGACCUAUUGUCAGGUUUAAUUCAGAGAACAAAGUUUAAUCCCCAACUCACAUCCUGCAAGUGGCGUAUAGAUAUUACUAUUUCAUCUAACAUGUUAAACAGAGUACUAGAGCCAAACAUCAUGAUGGAAUGGACAUUUAACACAGGCGAAUGUGUGACGUUUGAAUUAUCUUUGGCAAAGUUUCACCAAUUGAGACACACCAUAGCUACCAUUCUAGUUGAGUUACAAGCGUUGGAACGACACAGCACAUUUAAGACUAUUCUGUCCAGCUGAUAGCAAUAACUCAUCAUGAUUCAUUACUAAAAGCAAUUCUGAGAUAUCAGGGUUCGCGUAAUACUAAUUUGUUAAUUCUAAGCUAUAUGAGAAUAUUAAUAUUUACGUUUCUAUUUGUUUGAUAUAUUCAGUUUAUUGUAUCACAGAUAUAAGUAAAAAUUAUUUAUAUUAUUAAAAUGCUAUCAGAAAGAACUCCAACUUCUUAUAAAUAUAUUAUUUAAAUAAUUUCAAGCGUUCAUUUAUUUAUAAUAAUUAAAAAAAUUAAUAUCUUAUGUGUUAUUUAUGCUUUUCUAUCGAAUUUUACUUAUAUCUACUUUUUUUAAAUAGGGGUUUUUUUUCAAAUAAAAAAAAUAUUGUCAAAAA